AGAGAGAUAAAAAAAAAAAAAAACGAACUUGGAAAAAAAAUAAUAAAAGGAAUUAAAAAAAAAACUGGAGUCGAAUAAUAAGGAUACAACACGGUUACCUGUGAAAAGGAAGACGAAGAAGGAGAGGAGGGGAAAUCGUGUUGCAUUUGCAGUGCGUUAGUUAGAUGGAAAGUUCUCUCAUCACUCAAGUGCAGAAGGGAGACGCGGUUCCACCAGCUAAACAAGAAUGCAAUUGCCGUUCCUCUCUGUCCCAGCGUGGGAGUUUCAGAGCGACUGGCCCUCUUUCUUAUUGCUGGGUGUACAGUGUGAUCGCAGGCCUGGUUAAGAAAUCCUCCCCCACGAAGCCUCGAAGCCGCAGUAUCUUCAAAGCUCUGUUCUGUUGCCUCCGAGCACAGAAUGCGCCGCAGCCUCCCCCGUGCCAGGACCACUUGCUGCAGACCGAGGAGAACGGCUUGGUUGCCAAGUCUGAUCUGCUUCAAACACUACACUACAAGUAUUAUCAAAUCCCAGGUACAUGCCUACUGCCCGAGGUGACCCCGCAGGACCAGGGCAAGGUGUGCGUGGUGAUAGACCUGGACGAGACACUGGUGCACAGCUCCUUCAAGCCAAUCAGCAACGCGGACUUCAUAGUGCCUGUGGAGAUCGAGGGCACGACGCAUCAGGUGUACGUGUUGAAGAGACCUCAUGUGGACGAGUUUCUAAGGAGAAUGGGAGAGUUGUUCGAAUGUGUUUUAUUCACUGCCAGUUUAGCAAAGUACGCAGACCCGGUGACCGAUCUCCUGGAUAAGCACGGCGUGUUCCAGGUCCGGCUCUUCAGGGAGUCCUGCGUCUUCCACCAGGGUUGCUACGUGAAGGACCUGAGCAGGCUGGGCCGGGACCUGGGCAGGACUCUCAUCCUGGACAACUCGCCCGCCUCCUACAUCUUCCACCCGGAGAACGCCGUCCCGGUGGUCUCCUGGUUUGAUGACCUGGAUGAUACUGAGCUGCUGAACUUGAUCCCCGUCUUCGAGGAGCUGAGCCAGGCAGAGAACGUUUACACUGGGCUGGCCCACCUUCGGACUCCAUGACAUUAAACAAUAAACAAAAAAAAAUACCACCUUAAAAAAUACAUCAACAGCCAAGCACCCCCCCCACUGUGCCUUUUAAUAUUUCCAAAAGAGAGGGCGCUCCGAGGGAGCCCUCCUGGUGAAACCUCUUUCUCUACUGCUUAGUAUUUCUUUAAAAAAAAAAUUAUUCUUCUUUCA